AUGGCUCAUAAAGAAAGGAACGGAUUGGCAGGCUUGAAGAUCGAAACUUCCUUUCAGCGACAUCAGUGGCAGCGGCCUGAAGGUGGCCAGGGAGCGACGGACGAUGGCAGUGGCAUCGAGGGCGACCGUACCAACAUCUUUCACGAUUCUGGCGCGCGCGGUUGCGGUACUGAUCAAGACAACAGUAUACUGAGUGGUCUUCAUUCAGCGACUCCUCCAAUCUCGGUACCUCGUCACGAUGAUCGUCACACGCACGAUGUUAGCUAUCCUCAUAAGCCAGAAGAGGUUUCAGCCUCCCCGCUUGAGAGCUACAUCCAGAAUCGACGGCCCUCCAUCAGCUUUGACCCUAACGUCACUCUAGAUUCUGGCCAACAGCAGCCUCUCGAAGAGCCACUUGCCGAGGGAGAUCCGAGAGAUCGAGGUCUCUUAAAGUAUCAAUCGAGAACUUCGGGUUUAAGGAAUGCUUUGUCCCAAGAAGACGAUGAGGAGCACGAUGUGAAGCAGAUCGACUACAAUGCCAGUCCCAGAAGAUGUCGUAACCAGCGUAUCUUCCCUAUUGGAUGUCGCGGAAGUUUUCCGACUAGUCCCGAGGAAGAGAUGCCUAUGAGCUCUGAACUUGACCGUCCAACAUCCUUGACGUCUGUUUCAACUGUCUCUCCUAUAAACGAUGAGGUUCGGACACCGCCGGAAAGUUCCAGGGACCUCUUAUCGCCCAUCUACAUGGCGUCACCAGUACAAACGUUCGCUUCGCUCGAUGACCGCAGUUCUUGGUCCACAGGUGUCAUAACGCCAUUCGGUAGCAAACCAAAGGGAUUUCGAGGCUCUACGCGUCAGAGCUCUCGCCGGUCUACGCUCUCAAGCGGCAAGUCCCCAGCCAGCACGUUUCUGUCUAUGUGGAAUGGCCGAGAAGAGCCCACCCCACAGCCUGAUGACGAGGGCCAAAUGGUUGGUACUGAGUACGUGCUUGGAAAACAGAUUGGCUUUGGCGGUUUCAGCACUGUAAAGGAAGCAUAUAAAGUUGAAGAGAGUGGCGAAACGCGACGCCUCGCUGUGAAAAUCGUCCGCAAGCAGGUCUCUGGGAAGAGCGAGAAGGAAAAUGACAUGGUUCAAGCUGAGUUUGAUCACGAGGUCAGAGUCUGGCGAUACCUCAAUCACCCGAAUAUUUUGACACUAGAUGCGGUGUACGAGACAGACUAUGCCACUUUUUGCUUCACGAAGCUGGCUAUUGGGGGUACUCUCUUUGAUCUUGUUCGUCAGAACCGUCAAGGCUUGGGUAUCAAGCUUGCCAAGAAGUAUACCUACCAGCUAGCAUGCGCCCUGCGAUAUCUGCAUGAGGACGCCCGCGUUGUGCACAGAGAUAUCAAGCUUGAGAACUGUCUACUGGACCCUCACAAGUCCCAGGACGGUACACAGUCGUCUACUCUUGUCCUUUGCGAUUUUGGCAUGGCUGAAUGGCUAAACACGGACAAUGAAGGAGACUCCCCAGGCCCUUACGACGAUGCUGCGGACCGGCCACCGCCGAAGAACAUCGGCCCGGCCGGGUCGAGUACUAGCGUUGCGGGAAGCUUGGAAUACGCCUCCCCCGAGUUGCUUCUCUCAGACAAUGGUGUGAUCGAUCCUUCAGUGGACAUCUGGGCAUUCGGUGUCAUUGUCUACACUGUCAUCGUUGGAUCCCGUCCUUUCCAGGAUUCCUUUACCCCUCGUAUACAAUCGAACAUUCUCAACGGAACCUGGAACCGACAGGCCGUUCUGGGUGACACAAGCGACCCGCAGGCUGUAAAGGACAGAGAAGCUGCGCUUGAGCUAAUCCAGGGUUGCCUAGACAUGGACGCCAGAAGGCGUUGGACUAUUCGUGAUGUAUUGUCAUCACUUUGGUUGGAUGGCUUUUCCGAAAAUACACAGAACGGUAGCAGCGACUCAAUCUGGAAGCUUUGA